ACUCAGUCUCUAUCUCUGUAUCUUGACCAUUCUGACUCUUGAUCUCUAAUCCCUGUCUUAUUUCUGGGUCUCUGGUGAGUGAGGGUAAUGGAGAUGAUGAAGGCAGAACUAAGGAAGGACAUUGUGGGGCAGAACAACUAAUUGUGAGGGUUUUAUAAUUUACAAAAGGGAAGGAGAGAAUAGCCAUCUCCUCCCACCCCCAUCUGGGUCCCUCAGGCUGCACUUCUUUAACUCUGUGUCUCUGCCUUUAUGUAGUGUGUGUUUCUCAUCAUCUCUCUUGGUCCCUGAAAUGCUCUCUUUCCCCCAUACGGUCUCGCUCUGUCUCUGGUCUUCCUCAGUGUCUGUUUUCCUUUCCUGACUUCUCUCUCUCUCUCUCUCUGGGCCUUGCUCAAUCUCAGUUUCUCUCACACAUACUUUCUUUCUGGGGCACCCAGGCCUUCCCUGCCAUGCAACCUGUCAGUGUCUGGCAGUGCAGCCGAUGGGGGCUGCAGCUGUGCCUGCUAUGCAGCUUGUGCUUGGGGUCUCCAUCCCCUUCCACGGGCCCUGAGAAGAGGGCUGGAAGCCAGGGGUUGCGGUUCCGGCUGGCUGGCUUUCCCAGGAAGCCCUACGAGGGCCGUGUGGAGAUACAGAGAGCUGGUGAAUGGGGCACCAUCUGCGAUGAUGACUUCACACUGCAGGCUGCCCACGUGCUCUGUCGGGAGCUGGGCUUCACAGAGGCCACAGGCUGGACCCACAGUGCCAAAUACGGCCCUGGAACAGGCCGCAUCUGGCUGGACAACUUAAGCUGCACUGGGGCUGAGAAGAGUGUGACGGAAUGUGCCUCCCGGGGCUGGGGGAACAGUGACUGUACCCAUGAUGAGGAUGCUGGGGUCAUCUGCAAGGACCAGCGCCUCCCAGGCUUCACAGACUCCAAUGUCAUCGAGGUAGAGCAUAACCUGCAAGUGGAGGAGGUGCGACUGCGACCAGCAGUCGGGUGGGGCAGGCGGCCCCUGCCAGUAACCGAGGGACUGGUUGAGGUCAGGCUUCCUGAUGGCUGGUCCCAAGUGUGUGACAAAGGCUGGAGCGCCCACAACAGCCACGUGGUCUGCGGGAUGCUCGGCUUUCCCAGUGAAAAGAGGGUCAACGCGGCCUUCUACAGGCUGCUGGCCCAGCGGCAGCAACACUCCUUUGGUCUGCAUGGGGUGGCGUGCAUGGGCACGGAGGCCCACCUCUCCCUCUGUUCCCUGGAGUUCUAUCGUGCCAAUGACACCACCAGGUGCCCUGGGGGGGCCCCUGCGGUGGUGAGCUGUGUGCCAGGCCCUCUCUACGUGGCAUCCAGUGGCCAGAAGAAGCAGCAACAGUUGAAGCCUCAGGGGGAGGCUCAUGUGCGUCUAAAAGGUGGAGCCCACCAUGGAGAGGGCCGGGUGGAAGUCCUGAAGGCUGGCACGUGGGGCACAGUCUGUGACCGCAAGUGGGACCUGCAGGCAGCCAGCGUGGUGUGUCGGGAGCUGGGCUUCGGGAGUGCUCGAGAGGCUCUGAGUGGUGCUCGCAUGGGGCAGGGCAUGGGUGCCAUCCAUGUGAGUGAAGUUCGAUGCUCUGGACAGGAGCCCUCCCUCUGGAAGUGCCCUCACAGAAACAUCACAGCUGAUGAUUGUUCUCAUAGCCAGGAUGCUGCAGUCCGAUGCAACCUACCCUACAUUGGGGUAGAGGCCAAGAUCCGACUCAGUGGGGGUCGCAGCCGACAUGAGGGGCGAGUCGAGGUGCAAGUAGGGGGACCUGGGUCCCUUCGCUGGGGCCUCAUCUGUGGGGAUGACUGGGGAACACUGGAGGCUAUGGUGGUCUGUAGGCAACUCGGUCUGGGCUAUGCCAACCACGGUCUACAGGAGACAUGGUACUGGGACUCCGGAAAUAUUACAGAGGUGGUAAUGAGUGGAGUGCACUGCACAGGGAAUGAGCUGUCUCUAGACCAGUGUGCCCAUCAUGGUACCCAUAUCACCUGCAAGAGGACAGGGACUCGCUUUACCGCUGGAGUCAUCUGUUCUGAGACUGCAUCAGAUCUGCUGCUGCACUCUGCAUUAGUGCAAGAGACUGCCUACAUUGAGGACCGGCCCCUGCACAUGUUAUACUGUGCUGCAGAAGAGAACUGCCUGGCCAGCUCAGCCCGCUCAGCCAACUGGCCCUAUGGCCACCGGCGUCUGCUCCGAUUCUCCUCCCAGAUCCAUAAUCUGGGACGAGCUGACUUCAGGCCCAAGGCUGGACGCCACUCCUGGGUGUGGCAUGAGUGCCAUGGGCACUACCAUAGUAUGGACAUCUUCACGCACUAUGAUAUCCUGACUCCAAAUGGCACCAAAGUGGCUGAGGGCCACAAAGCUAGUUUCUGUCUAGAAGACACUGAGUGUCAGGAGGAUGUCUCCAAGAGGUACGAAUGUGCCAACUUUGGAGAGCAGGGCAUCACCGUGGGUUGCUGGGAUCUCUACCGGCAUGACAUCGACUGUCAAUGGAUUGACAUCACAGAUGUGAAGCCAGGAAACUACAUUCUUCAGGUAGUUAUCAACCCAAAUUUUGAAGUAGCAGAGAGUGAUUUUACCAACAACGCAAUGAAAUGUAACUGCAAAUAUGAUGGACAUCGCAUCUGGGUGCAUAACUGCCACAUUGGUGAUGCCUUCAGUGAAGAGGCCAACAGGAGGUUUGAGCGCUACCCUGGCCAGACCAGCAACCAGAUUGUCUAAAGUGCCACCACCCUCCUCUGCAAACCACCACUGGCCCCUAAUGGCAGGGGCCUGAGGCUACCAUUACCUCAGGAGCUUACCACAGAACCCCUGAUGUCAGCAGACCCACCACACUCAUCCAGCUGUGCACGAUGGAUGUGAAACUGUCAUUCAGAAGUUAUCACCCUCCUUCAUAGGCCAGGUGUCAGUUUCUGUGGGCAAGCAUGGGGCAUCUUUGCUCCCAGGCCCAGUACCGAGCAGAGCAAACCACAAAGAGCAGCACCUGACCAACUGCCCAGAACAGAAGGCAAGAGUUCAUUUUCUUGACUAGGGAGGUCAGGAUGGACAGCUCCAGUAUCGCUCCUAAGUUCAAGGGGAUACAGCUUUACCUCUAGCUUUUUGGUGGGGGGAAACAUCCAGCCCCCUCUUUCAUUUUUGACUAUAACAUGUUGCUAGGUAUAAUUUUAUUUUAUAUAAAAAGUGUUUUUGCAAUUC